AUGGUUGAAACCAUGGUUAAAACAAAUCUCACAACAAAUUUAACACUAAUAAAUGAGCUUAAAAUAAAGCCUACAAGUCUUAUAGAAUGGAAAAGAAGGCAUUACUUAACAAACUAUUUAAAUAAAAAUCAAAAGGUGAAAGUAUACUUAAUAUCUGCCAAACAGUAUGGUCGGAUGGAUGUGAAACACCUCAAAUAUAACCAUGAUGGAACCUUAACGAAUUGUGAUAUGCCAUGUAUUUGGAAUAUGACUGAUUUAGACGAUUUAACACCUGAUGAUCUUAAAACGGCUGAUGCCUUAUUUUGUGUAGAUCAAUUAAAACUGCCUAAUGUAAAAUCUUGGGAUGGUCAAAAGUUUAUACGAUUUACAAAUGAACCACCUGCUAACUGUCCAUGGUGUUAUUAUAUGAUGGAAAGAUUUGAUUUUCUAUCUUCAUACACUGAAGAUUCGAAUGUACCUACAAGUUACAUUCGAGAAGAUCCAAUAGAUUGGUUAGCAAGGCAACCUUUUAAUAUAGAAAACCUCUCUGAUAAUUCAACUUUCGUUUCCUUCAUUGCUUCCCACUGGACUGAUUUCCGUAAAGAUUGGGUUCCAAAACUUCAAGCUCACAUCCCUGUCGCGUCUUUUGGUAAU